ACGCCACUGCACCUGGCGAUUGAAAAUGAAAACAUCUCCAUCAUCUCCAUCCUCAUUCGAGGUUCGGCUUCCUGUAACGUUCCGGAUAACAAUGGGAACACGGCCUGCCAUCUGGCCCUCGAGAGGAGGAACAUGGACAUCUUCAGGCACAUCAGCCUCUACUCCACUGUCCUAAUCGAUGUUGAUGUGCCCAAUAAGAAAGGUCUGAACCUUCUGCAGACGGCCUACACCAACAACAUCUCCAUCCCCCUCCUCCAACAACUCCUCAACGAAAACAAGCUCAACAUUCUCAGCCACAAAACCAACGCCACCACCGCCGCUUCCACUACCACACUACGCGACAGCUUCACACACUCGCCACCAGAACUGACUCCAGAAAUUGAACUACCGCACGAUAUCAAAACCCCAACUUGUCGCAAACAAUACUUCCACGGUGAACGUACUAAACCAAAGGACAGCAGCUACACGUUUGGUGGCCGUCUGAGCACCAGAUCUCUCUCGGGAAAUGACCAAAAGACUACUGGACUCUGUCUCGAAGAUGCACUGGCCAGUAAGAGAUCGAGAAGCGUGGUCGUUGAUUUGAAGGGUCAGUGUUCAACGGCUGCUAGCGAUUCUCUUGCCACAAGGGAAUCUCACCAUAGCUGGCUGCUUGCCUACCAGCAGCAGCAACAACAGCAGCUGCUUCAGCAACAAGAACAACAGCAGGAUGACGAGGAAUAUCAGAUUUAUCAGCAACAGCAGCAACAACAGCAGCAGCAACAAAAUAAUGAUGAAUAUGAGCGUAAUCAGCAAGGACACUUGCUGCUUCAACAACAAUACGAACAACUCUCUCAGAAGGAGUACCAACACUUACAGCAACAGAUUCAGCUGCAACAACUUCAGCUACAACGACUUCAGCAGCUACAACAACAACCGCAGCUGCAACAGCAGCAACAGCAGCUACAACAACAACAUCAACAAAAACAUCAUAUCAAGCAGCAUCACCACCACCAACAACUGCAACAACAUCAGCAGCCACAUCAUUAUCAGGAACCACAACGACAUCAGCAGCAGCUUCACGCGUUGCAUCAGCAAGACCACCACCAAAACCCUCACCAGCCUCCUCCUAUCUUCAAACGCUCAUCAUCAUCCUCACUCCCACCAUCGCCACCAUCGUCACCCUUCUCCAGAGAGCCACCACCACCACCCAACCAUCUACACCAAUCGAAAUUAACUUCACAAACGCAACAGACAACCCCGUCGCCGUCCACUAGGUCGAUCCCUAUGCUCCUACCCAUAACGACUUCUAUGACGUCAUCGUCGUCGUCAUCGUCAUCACCACCGUCCUCGCCAGAUACCCCUGCCAUUGAAAAGCUUAUGAUCAUGCCUACCAUUAUAUCGUGCUGA